AUGCACAGACCCAUAGCGUUCUCGUAUCUCGCCCUCCUCCUUGCGGCCCCAGUCUUCAGCAGCGACGACGUCAACUACGACCCAGACACAAACUAUCGGCCGGAAAACGUCACGGGCCUGGAUUACUAUUACUAUCCCUGGGUUGGCUCGUACUACAACGGCACCGCAACAUUCACAAUCAGCUCGCUCAGCGUCCGCUCCCGCUCCCGCUCAAGCUCAAGCUCAAGCUCAGACGACGACGAAGACUCAGACCUCUGCCCCCAACUCCAAAACUACACAUACACCCUCUCGUACCCGGCGCUCCUCGGCAUAACAGAGACCGAGCCCGACGACGAACGCCCCGAGAACACGAACCCCGUCAACGUGAUCCUCUCAACCUCAUACAGUAAUUUCACGCGCUACUUCAACGACUUCAUGGAUAGCAGCAACAUGCAGAUCCGCGAUAUGCCGUGGGUUUUUGAGAGUGUGGAUGUUAGCCGCCGAACCUUCGGCUACGAAUCCACAGACCCAAACUUCAACCUAUCCAUCUCCGACAACUCAGGGUCCGACACGCCCUACCGCCUAAGCGGCUCCUCCUCAGACGAAAGCAACCCGCUCCCAACGCUGCAAACAAACAUGAGCUCCUGCAGCAGGCUCGAAGACUGGUGGGGCGUGAGCUUUUCGUCAGAACUGACGUUCCCAGCGCUCCAGGUGACGUUUGACGCGCGCUCUGCGAAUUUCGCGCUUGUCUCGGGUGCUGUUAUGAAUACGUUGCGGAGAGAGGAUGACGAUGAGGAGGAGACGCCGCAGCUCGCUGGGCGGAUCUCGGUGGAGUUCUUGGGCAGCAUUGAUGAGGCGCGCUCGGAUGUGCUGGAUUCGCCUGGGGGUGAGGGCGAGCCGAGGUGGAUUCGGUCUGUUGGGUUUGGGAAUUAUUCGGCGAAUUUGGAUUAUGGGAGCGAGAAUGCGGGUUCAGCUGUUGCUGUGGGUGGGAUUGGGGGGGUGUUGGGUUGGGCUGUUGGUUUGAUGGGUGUUGUUGGAUGCGUGCUUUGGUGA